GGCAGCGGCGGCGGCAGCGGCUUCGCCCAGCUGCACAACCUGGACGAGGCGGCGGCGGCCACGGGCGGCGGCGUCGGGGCAGCGGCGGCCGAGGUGGCGGAGGAGCCGGGCGCAAGCAGCUCCUUGCACAUCUGCCACUGCUGCAACACGUCGUCUUGCUACUGGGGCUGCCGGAGCGCCUGCCUGCGGAACCUCUUCGGGCGGGCCGCCGCCACCGCCGCCGCCGAGCCGCUGGCCCCGCGCCCCCCCGCCGCCGCCGCCGAGGGGCCGCCGGAGGGCGGCGAGGCGGCCGAGCGGCCGUGGCUGGACUGCCUGUGGAUCGUGCUGGCGCUGCUGGUGCUGCUGGGGGACGUGGGCACGGACCUGUGGCUGGCGCUGCACCACUACGGCCGGCGGGACUACUUGUGGUGCGGCCUCACCCUGGCCUUCGUGCUGCUGCCCUCGGUGCUGGUGCAGAUCCUGAGCUUCCGCUGGUUCGUGCAGGACUACACGGGCGGCGGGCUGGGCGCCGUGCAGGGGCUCAGCAGCCGCGGGCCGCCCAUGAUGGGGGGGACCGCGGGCCGGCGCGGGGGACCCGCCGCCGGGGUAGGAGGAGCCGGCGGCACCGUCACCCCCGGGGCGCAGCGCCUCUGCAGGAUCUCCGUCUGGGUCUGGCAGUCCGUCAUCCACCUGCUGCAGAUGGGGCAGGUCUGGAGGUAUAUCCGAACUAUGUACCUGGGGAUCCAGAGCCAGAGGCGGAAGGAACACCAGCGGCGUUUCUACUGGGCUAUGAUGUACGAAUAUGCAGACGUAAACAUGCUGCGCCUCCUGGAAACGUUCCUCGAGAGCGCCCCUCAACUGGUGCUACAGCUCUGCAUAAUGAUCCAAAAGAACCGUGCAGAAACAUUACCAUGUGUGUCCUCUGUGGCCUCCCUGAUGUCCCUGGCUUGGGUGCUAGCCUCCUAUCACAAGCUUCUUCGGGACUCUAGGGACGACAAGAAGAGUAUGAGCUACAGAGGGGCCCUCAUCCAUGUCUUCUGGCGCCUCUUCACCAUCUCAUCCCGAGUUAUUUCUUUUGCUCUCUUUGCUUCCAUCUUCCAGCUCUACUUUGGGAUCUUUGUAGUGGUCCAUUGGUGUGCCAUGGCUUUCUGGAUCAUCCAUGGUGGGACAGAUUUCUGCAUGUCUAAGUGGGAGGAGAUCCUCUUCAACAUGGUGGUAGGGAUUGUGUACAUUUUCUGCUGGUUUAAUGUCAAGGAAGGGCGGACUCGAUACCGAAUGUUUGCGUAUUACACGGUGGUCCUGACGGAGAACGCUGCCUUGACGCUCCUUUGGUAUUUUUACAGAGAUCCUGACACCACUGACCACUAUGCCGUGCCAGCACUGUGUUGUGUCUUUCUUAGCUUUGCUGCUGGGAUAGCUUUGAUGCUGUUAUAUUAUGGUGUGCUGCAUCCCAUGGGGCCAAGAGCUAAGAUCUUUGCCAGCUCCUGUUGCGCCGAGCUGCUCUGGGGCAUUCCUUUGCCCCCCGAUGUUGAGCCCAUGGCACCCCAAACCCCUGGGUACCGGGGGGCCCAGGCUACGCCCACCAGAGCGGUCACGGAGCAACAGGAGGAACUCACAGCUGACACUUGCUUGCCCGUUUUCCAGGUGAGAGCAAUGGUACCAUCUACUCCAUCUGGGCGACCCUACCCCCCCGAGGGGCCUCUCAUUAAGAUUGACAUCCCAAGAAAAAGAUAUCCUGCCUGGGAUGCUCAUUUUGUAGACAGGAGGUUAAGAAGAACUAUCAACAUCCUCCAAUACGUCACCCCCACAGCUGUAGGUAUUAGGUAUAGAGAUGGACCUCUCUUAUAUGAGUUGCUACAAUAUGAAUCUUCACUUUAAAGCUCCUUAAAGCAAAAGUAAAAGAGGGGACCUUAUUUUUGUUUACGGUAAACACAGAUCAUGAAACAAACACAAACCUUCAGAUAAGCUUUCUUUCUGGUUGCUGUAUGUAUAAAAAAAAAAAAAAAGAUAUUCUCUAUGUUUUGUAAGUAAAAACAAAAAGAAAAACUUUUCUUUUGUUUUUUACACACAAGAAACAGUAUUUCAACUUCCACACCUAGGAUUCACAGGUGGAGAAGGAGGCAUCUCCACAUCAGUUUUAUACCGUACACCAAGUGUAGAACAUUAUUUAUGGGAUUGGUGCUGAUUGAAAAAUAAAAAAAAAAAAACAAACAAACAAACCUACAACUGCCUUAUGCCCUUAGGUGCUGAGUUUCAUUAAGUACUGUCACCUUUCUCAUGCAAAACUCUUUGAUGAUUAUAUGCCAGGAAAAAAAAAAUAAAAACCAACCAUCCAACUGAAAUGCAAACCUUAAAAUUAAAAAAAAAAAAAAAAUUAACAACAACAAAAAGAGAGAAAUGUAUGAAAAAAACAUAAAUCCUGUUGCUCUUAUUGGAUUUAGCAGAAAAAACCCUCCAAAUGUCUAAAUAUAAGAAAGCAAAGAUAAGAAAGCAAAGAUAAGAAAGCAAAGCCAAGACAACCCCAAUGGAGUUUGAUUUUUCCAACAGCUGAAAGACAAAAUCAGGUCUGUAAGAUAAUUUGGCAAGGAAUUUAUAACACCAUUGGGCCAAGCCUUGACCGAGUCGUGUUAUAAAAAUGAUCCCACCCUGGAACCGUUUUCCUCAUGGAAAUGGACCCUGUACAAAGGUGGGAUUGUACCAGAUCAGUGGGAAAAUACAGGAUCUGAUCUUGUUCCCAGCACCUGCUCGUGAUAAAGCCCCACUGUCUCCAGUGGAGCAAAUACCAACAGUCUGAGCCCAGAAUAAGGCCUGCCACCUUGAUUUCUGGAAAACGAGAAAUUAUCAGAAUUAUAAACCAAAAACAUGAUCCGAAAUUACAUUUCCACAUAUCUAAUAAUUAUUCCAGUAAUAAUAAAACUCAGCAUGGUAGCAAAAAGCGAGUCAAUUUAAAGGCACAAUACUUGAUCAGUGACUGGCAAAAUAAUUUGACCUACUGUAUCAUUUUAAGGCUGUGAAAGGCAUACAUGUAUUAUUUGUAAUCUCGUGUAAGACCUGUCAUGUCUCAUUCAGUGCGAGCCUUAAAGUGAUUGUAAAGCAUCCUUCGUUCCAUUUUGGGGAUUUUUGGGUUUUGAUUUUUUGUUUUGUUUCUGUUUUGUUUUUAAGGAAAACAAAACAUGAAAAGUCGGGAUUAAAAAAAAACACAAAAACACAAAAACAAACAACAACAAAACAACCAACAAAACUUCUUCAAACGGUAAUAACCUGUAAAACUGACUCACGUCUCGAGAUGAUUUGGUGCUUUGUAUUUUUGUUGAUGUUGUUGUUGUGAUUUAGCUGAGAAAAUUCUUCGACUCGGUUACAUGUGGGGAACUGCUGAUAAAAACUGUCUCGUGUCACCCUCUACUGUAAGUACAUGGCGAGAAACAACAACCAGAGGAAAUCCAAGAGCGUAGCGAGAGCGCCGUGGUUUAGCUUAGCCUUCCACCGCCAGGAGAUGCUGCCACCUCCGAUGCUGGCAAAGACCAGACGGUCCUGCCGAGGGCUGUGGGGUUGUCUUGACAUUUCCAAAUAACCCGCUCGGUGUCUGAACAUUUUCAUCUCUCUCGGAUUCUCUUUCUGUGCUGGAAUCUCUUGGGUUCUUUUCGAGUUAAAUCACCGGGUUUGCAUCUAUCCGACACCCUUUUUCCAUUUUGAGAGUAUUGCUCCUUUAAAGGAAUAUUCCCAUUUCAGGGCAUCUUUUCAAUCCCACCAUGCCUCUACUUGGGAGGGGAAAAACAACAACAACAAAAUGAGAUAUUUUUAAGUGAAUGCUGUAGUAUUUUCUGUGUGUAAUUGCAAUUUUUUAUUCCAGAAAUACUGUAACUGUCUAGGGUGCAAAACUCCCAUGCUGACCUAUUCUGAAGAGAAGAUCAGCAUGGGGGGGAUAUUUUUUAAUUAUGAUUAUGAUUUUUUUUUAAUUUCAGAAAUCAGUUGGUUUUUUUAAUUAUGAUAGUAUUUAAAGAAACUAGUACCAAUUUUAUAUAACAGUUUAAAGAAGCUGAAUGCUUUCUUCGCCUGAAUAUACCUGAAGAGAAACAUUUUUUUCAAUCAGUGAUCCUUUGCAGUGUUCUGAGAAAACGUUGGGGUUUCUUCAGUUGUUUCAUUUUGUUUUGUAAAGGAAACUUUUAACUGGUGUCUGUCCCUUUCAAGGAGGGCAGGACUCCUUCACGCCAAACUAUAGACACACAGCAAAGUUUAUACAAAGCCAAAUUGUCACUGGUACUGUAAUUCCCAGUCAAACUCCAUUUCAGGCAGAUGUUUCUGGGCUCUGAUUACAACCAAUGUGAUGGUCACAUUUUCAUGCAAAGGGAGGGAUUUGGUCUUGUCAUCCUCUAUCUAACUCCCCAGUCCCUUGUUUGCUGUGCACAUAAAUACAUAUAUAUAUAUAUACACACGAACUGAUAUAUAUUUGUGAAAAGCUUUCAUUUCCCUUCUCCAUUGUCUAUGCCCCACAGACAGUCCCUUCCCAAGUGUCCUACUAACAUUUCACCCUGUUUCUCCCCGAUCAGUGUACUGUCUCCAUAAAAAGAGGUAAUUGUGAAGUGAACUUGCUGUCCCCACCUACUGAGUCCUAAAAACAUGGAGGUGCCCAUCCUCCAGUGACAGGCCUGUGUUUUUCAUUCCAGAACUUUCUUUUGACUUGCCUUUAAUGUUAGUGUAGACUUAUGUUGAUCCAAUUCCCCAUGUAAAGGCUCCCCUUGGUCCUUGCGUGAAGAGCUCUCCUCCCCGCAUCUGCAUUUGCGUGGCAAAAGCAUGAGAAAGGAAUGGAUGGCUAACAGCCCUGCUGUUCCUCGGGGACCAUUUUCCAGGAGGUGGCAUCUUUGUUUUCAAAAGCAUCAUAAGAAGGUCCUGCUCCCCAAACUCAUCAGCCUUGAGGUCUGGAGAUGUGGUGCCCAUCACUGGCCCCAUUGAACAGCCGGACCCUUCCCACCAGGACGGUGACAACGAGCCAAGGCACAGUCACCAGGUGCCAGGAGGAGGAGGAGACCCUUCAGUGUUGCCUCUCAUGAGCAACUCCAGCCUGCCUUCCCUCAGGAACGGGAUCUUACUCCACACCACCACACCAACAGCCGUCGCCUCCGCCCCGUGCCAGGAGUGAAGGGGCAAAACACUCUGGAAGUGUCCUUACUUCUCAAUACAGUGCUAACUUCUCACAACCAAACCAGCUUAACCAAGGGCUUGACACAUCCCUGUUCCAAAGUCCUCCUCCUCUGUGGCUCAUAGUGUGGAUAACAACAAGGCAGGUGCCUCCACUGCGAGUUAAGACUGUUUCAUUACUUGUAUAAACUUUCUGCCUCUGCUUCUCCUUUCUUUGAAUGAUAUCCACCGGCAUCUUCAUUUAGCAAAGGAUUUCCAGGGAGAGCCUGUGUCAACCCUGAAGAACUAUUUCUUUUUCCAGGACUUCAUUACAGCCUUAACAUAAAGCACGUGCUCUGCCACUACUCCCAGCAUGUUCCUGGUGGACUGUUUGGGGUGGUGACCAUUUCCUUUUGGGAUUACCUGUGAUCUUCUUGCCAAACAGCGCCUUUUGCCAAGACAAAAGCUUGGGGUGGAAAACUACCCCAGCUCCUUAUUGGUACUAGUCCCAGUGCUAAGAGUCUCAUCCUCUCCUCCUGUUUUACUUUUUUGCCCUUUGAUUUUUUUUGUGUGCACUUUUGCAGGAUGGUCAGCAACUUGUUUUGGUUUCGCUUGGAUUUUAACUCCUCAGCUUUUCCUCAGUACCUUUUUUUAUACCAUAUCCCACCUUCUGGCCAGAAGAUACUGCAUGAGGAGCUCUUCAAACUGCCAUGGAGAAGGUUGAGCCUGUAUUUAUCCACAUCACAAGACCAGUGGGCAACUUCUCUGGCACAUUUGUGGUGCUGGAUUCAGCCUGGGAUCAUCUAAACCAGCCAACUUUCCCAUGCCAGGGCAAUGCUGAGGCACGAGGGCUCCACCAUCCCGACUGUUAUUGUUCAAACCUCCCCUGGCAUGGUUUUGACCCACUCCAAGGAGCCCUGGGCUCAGGCACAGCUUGCCCAGUCUUUGGCACUGGCCAGGGACCGUCCCCAAUCAGCAGUUUGGAUGCAUCUGCUCCAUAUCAGGGGUGGAAGAUUUUAGGAGUCAGUAUGGAGCCAGCACUACUCGGCUUCAUGGCCAGAAUGGAUCCUGGAAGUGCUAAACUUCCUGGUAAAGAUGUAACUCCGUGCCACAGACCAGGAUUCAGGAUGUGGUGGAGUACGUCAGCUCCGAUCUGGCAUUUUUGUCUUUUCUGCCUGAUUCAAUGGAAAAGUUAUUUUUCAGUUCCCUUUGUUCCUUUUUCUGAGGUUGUUUUGCAAACAGCGUCACUUUUACGGCUCGGAUGUCAACCCAUCCAUCCCUCCAUCCAUGUCAGAUGGAUGGCAUGUUUACUGUGAUAGUGUUACACAUCCAUAGGCAGCUAAUUUGGAGACAGGAAUCGUUCAGACCAGACCAAAUCAACAAUGGGAACACAGGAAUUACAAGGUCCCUGCCCAUGCCCUUGUCAUGCUUUGCCACCCAACACGAGGCAUUUUUCAUCUGCAGCAAAUCCAACCCGAACUGCAGAAAAGGAGCUAAUGGUGAAUAAUUACCAGUGAAAAGUACAAGUGAGACACCCAUUUAAAGUGUAAAUAUAUAUUUUUUCAGUGUUUGGGAUUGGAGCUAAUUCUGUGCUUCACCCUGUCCUUUUGUGCACCUGCCAAAAGUCAGCAGUCAUUUGCAUGUAUUUUUAUUUAAAGCUGACUGGAUGAAACAGGGCAAAAUUAAAUCCAAGCUUUAGUGAAUGGUCUGCUAAAAGCUGGCUCACAAGGGGAGCAUUGCUAUUGACUUUCAGAGUGCAAUCACCCCGUGCUCUUCAGAUAUAUUUUUGUACACACAAGAUUCACUUCACAAUUUAUCCCACCCCUGGCCCCUGCAUGUCACACCUGUCACAUGCACACCUGCAGCAUGACUAAACCUCCUGAAGAAAAUGUGGUCUGAGGUUAGUCCAGCAUGGUUUCAUUGAAGCUCAGAGGUGCUUUGAAAAGGAAAACUUACUACUGUGCAUUUGCAAAACCUUUUAGUGCCUGCUUGCUGGGCAGCUUGGGCAGGAGACAAUUUGGAAGCUGCCAGAGUCAGUGGAAAAUUGUGGAGACAGGCUUUCCUAGGAUUUUUCCUUCUUUUACUGGGUUUGCUUUUCUCUGGGUUCUGUUCAGAUCCAAUGUGGUCCUGCAAAAGAAAACCCACCAGAAAAUGAAAACCCAAAUAACCAUGACAAAAUAAGGUCUAUGCCAAUCCCCACAGAAGCUGAGGUGGCUGACGUAGGACGGUAGGGGUGAUGUGAACUCCGCUGUGGACCCUUUGCUUGCUGGAGCUUGCAUGCUGUUCUUUUGGCAGUUGUCUCAAGCCCUGGGGGCUUUGGGGAUGGUGCUUUCCCAGGGUUUUGAUUGCUGGUUUUAUUUUUCCUUGGAGCUCAGGUGUAUUCUGGUGCAGAGAAUCUCAGCCUGGUUUGAACGAGGAGAACUUGAGGCUAUCCCAAAUAGACGUGGGCAAACCUUUCACUGUGUGCAGAACACAUUUCCAGACCUUUGGGUACCGCUAGAGAUUGUUGCAAUCCACUUAAUUCUUCAUGAGCAUGUUCAGAAUCGCUUCAUUGUUCUGUUGUGUUUGAACUUGGGAAUAACGGUGUGGUGACUCUUUCCUGUUGAGGUGUGAUGUGAAGAAAGGGAGGAGCCUUCCUGCUGUGCUGGAUUUUGCCUGUGUUCAACCCUUGUUCCUUACUUGAAGCUCAGACAGUGGGAUAAUGAGAAAAAUGGGAAAAUAAGAUGACGGAUUGCUGCAUAUGUUCCAUUGGUUCUUCACUGAUGAGGAGGGACGCAAUUGGUGACAAUUAAAAUAAAUCUGCAUAAACCAUCUGGACCUCAGUGUAUAUUCGAACAUGCACAGAACCCAACUGGAAAGUGAUGUUGUUGAUAAAAUAAUGUGGAUAUCAUUUCCUGUCGUAUACUAAAAACCUAAAAAACAAACCAAACAAAACCAAGCCCUGGAAACGGAAAAAAAUUAUUUGAGAGCAUAAACCUUCCUGUGCCCUCCCCAUUCCUUUGGGACACAUGCAGCAAGGCACUGUUUGAAAGCCAGGCACUUUGUAAUCCGUGGAGUUAAUUGGAUUUGUGCAAUGCUGUGUUUGUCAGAUGGUCUCUUACAGCGAGCAUAGAAAGUGGCCACGGUCUAGAAGUCAUUGCAGAUUUUUGGGUGACAGUACUCCUGGGUUUCGACCCCAGCUCUGCCACGAAGUUGCUGUGUAACCUUGGGCAAGUCAUUUAACCUUUCUGUGCCUACAGUUUACCCAUCUGUACAUGGGUAUAAUAAUAUUUACCUACCUCACAGGGGUGUUGUGAGGCUUAAGUUAAUGCGUGUGAGAGGUGCUGGAAGUGCACCGUGAAAAUUUCAUUCUUGCUGGGUUUGUGCUGUUGUGGGGGAUGAGCAGUGAAGGGGUGGGUUACAACAUGCAGAAGGAAAACCUGCUGGUGCUUGUCUUGAGAAAGUGAUUUGAAGUCUUUUCUCUCCCCAAAAGCAAGGAACGGAGAAAAUUGUUGUGCACCAACUGAACAGCCUUGCUUUCCUGGUCAAAUAUAACAGCACUAUUUGCAAUAUUAUUUUCUUACACAACAGGUGACCUUUCCCUUUUCCUUGCUGUUUCUGAAAACUUGAAACUAAAGAUGACAAAAGUAUUUCUGAACCGAACAGAUUACUGAUGAAUACUUGAAUUUCUUUAAAAGUUGCUCUCAUCAGCCACGGUUAAAUGUGCACUAACCUUUCAAUCAUCAGCUUCCAUCUGAAUACAGUGAAAAAUUUGCUCACGCUGUUUUGGAAUAGCCUGGACCUUAUUUGGGAGGCUGGUAAUGCUGAGGACUCUUGUAGGCAUGGGAAAACUAGUGUCUCAACUGAUACACACGUGAAAAAAAAUCUUUUUUCUCUUUCUGUUUUUGCCUUUUAAGUUCCUUGACUGCCUAAGACAGCACAAUAAUUGCAGUUUACUUGUUUGUACAGUAGCUUUUUUUUUUGGUUUUUUGGUUUUUGAACUGUUUCCUUACACAAAGGGCGAAGGUGGGAUGUGAAAGGAAAAAAUAGACCCAACGCUGCUCCCGCGCAACUCUUCCCGAAGUCCCUGCUUUCCUGGAGAAAAAACCUGCGCCACAUCUAGAGAGACCAGGCCAGGCUGCCUUCACCGUCCUCCCACAGGCAAAACUUCCCUUGCCACCUGUGGGAGUUUUGGCUGUUGGUUCCAUGUCCAUUGAGGUGGAUUCAUCCCUGGUUGAGCCCCAAACCCCUCGGGUGAAAGCUGGGAUAAUUUUCUUUAGAAUGAGAGAAGGGAUCCAGUUCAUUGCUCCAAAUGUCACCACUGGUCAGAUGAUUCAGAAGGGGAAAAACAUGUGAUAGAAAGCCUGGGGUUUAGGGAUUUUUUUGUGUUUUUAUUGUCUAAGUGUCCUGACCAUUAUAUGAUGUCUCUUGUGGGAAUGCAAUGCCAGGCAGGAGUCCCUGCUCCCUUUUAGAGAAGCUUUGUGAAGUCUGCUCACGCACUCCUUAUCUCCUUACUCAGGCAAAACUCCUGGGUUUUGUUGUUGGGUCUCCUUUUCUCUCCUGAGUAAGGACUGUGGAGUUUGGUCUGUUUGGGAUCACUGGGAGGUGUUUCAGGUGGCCGUUGUCUUCUCUGGCCCAAGACUUGCUUUGCAUGAAGCAAGAAGGAAACUCUGUCUUGAUCUGCCACGUACCUUCCCUGUCCCUUCUCCUAUCCACCAUGAGGAGGGAGUUCAAAAUCUUCUGGCUACAGGGGCCAGGCUCUUCCACCUGAAUUUCCAGGCAGCUGCACAUCUUCCUGCUGGGGCAGAGCAAAUUUAGAAGCCCCACUCCUGAAGAUGGGCCGUCGCUCAUCCGCAUCAGCUUUGGGUCUGCUCCUUCCCCGUCCUUCUCCCCAGCCAUUUCUUUGCCCUGUUUUAAGCACUCAGCUAGGUGCUUCUGGGUUCUUUUUACUGCUUCUGUUCCAAAAAAAUUUAAAAAAAAAGAUUGAAGUUGGGAAAAAACAGCAAUGUAACUCCUUCGGUGCUAUGCUAACUACUUUGUUUGACCCAACCAAAUGCUGGCCAACAAACAGAUAUUCCCUCUUUGUCCUGAAAAGCACCGCACAUCUGUGUCUUGAACAGGGAUGGACUGAGAGGGCUGAGAGAGGGCAAGUGUGGUUUUGAAAGCAAUUGAAGUCUCAUGUGUAUCUGGUAAAGCAGAAAGAUGUAGGUGCAGACUGCUUUCAAAGCUCGUUGUCGCCCACCUUGUGGAAUUAAAUAGGAUAUAGCCUAUCAGGU